UCUUUCGUCGCACGCACGAGAAAGCCUGCGCAAAAGCGCGCGGAAGGCCGGGCCUGUACGUCUUCCGAGGGUCCGGCGGUUCUCUUGCCCUUAGGUUCGGCGCAGUUUGGGAGGUGUUGCGUUUUGUUGUCAAGAUGUUGCGCGUGGUGAGCUGGAACAUUAAUGGGAUCCGAAGUCCCCUCCAGGGGGUGGUUUACGAGGAGCCCAACAACUGUACCGCCAUGGCCAUGGGGCGCAUUUUGGACAAGCUGGAUGCUGACAUCGUCUGUCUCCAGGAGACCAAAGUGACCAGGGAUGUGCUGACAGAGCCCCUGGCUAUCAUUGAGGGCUAUAACUCCUAUUUCAGCUUCAGCCGCAAUCGUAGUGGCUAUUCUGGUGUAGCCACUUUCUGUAAGGACAGUGCUACCCCAGUGGCUGCUGAAGAAGGCCUGAGUGGCCUGCUUGCCACUCAGCACGGGAAUGUGGGUUGCUAUGGAAACAUGGAUGCGUUCACCCAAGAGGAGCUUCGGGCUCUGGAUAGUGAGGGUCGGGCCCUCCUCACACAGCACAAGAUCCGCACAUGGGAAGGGAAGGAGAAGACCUUGACCCUAAUCAACGUGUACUGUCCCCAUGUGGACCCUGGGAAGCCUGAGCGGCUAGCCUUUAAGAUGCGCUUCUAUCAUUUGCUGCAGAUCCGAGCAGAAGCCCUCCUGGCAGCUGGCAGCCAUGUGAUCAUUCUCGGUGACCUGAACACAGCCCACCGCCCCAUUGACCACUGGGAUGCAGUCAACCUGGAAUGCUUUGAAGAGGACCCAGGACGCAAGUGGAUGGAUGGCUUGCUCAGUAAUCUGGGUUGCCAGGCUGGGUCCCAUGUAGGACCCUUCAUUGAUAGCUACCGCUGCUUCCAGCCAAAGCAGAAGGGGGCCUUCACCUGCUGGUCAGUAGUCACUGGUGCCCGCCAUCUGAACUAUGGCUCCCGGCUUGACUAUGUGCUGGGGGACAGGACCCUGGUCAUAGACACCUUCCAGGCCUCCUUCCUACUGCCUGAGGUGAUGGGCUCUGACCACUGCCCUGUGGGUGCAGUCUUGAGUGUGUCCUCUGUGCCUGCCAAACAGUGCCCACCUCUUUGCACCCGUUUCCUCCCCGAGUUUGCAGGCACCCAGCUCAAGAUCCUUCACUUCCUAGUUCACCACAAACAAGAUCCUGUGUUCAAGCAGUCAGCGCUGCAGCUCAGCAAUCAAACCCAGGUACAGAUGCGCCAAAAUAAAGCCCACAUGCGUUCAACCAGGCCUCGUCCAAGUCAGGCUGGCUCCAGCAAAGGCCAAAAAAAACUGAUGAGCUACUUUCAGCCGUCCUCCAGCCAUCCUCGAGUUUCUCCUAACUUGGAGCUUCCUAACCUGGAUGCCCUUGUGACUCCAAAGACCCCAGAAGAUGAGGUAAUGGCCAAAGUGGUGGAGGUACAGACCAAGGCUUCAAAGGCAGAAGAUGAAAAGGACCUACGGACCUCAUUUUGGAAGUCAGUGUUGGGGGGGCCCUUGCCUAUGCCCCUCUGCAGGGGCCAUGGGGAGCCAUGUGUGAUGCGAACUGUGAAGAAGCCAGGACCCAACCUGGGCCGCCACUUCUACAUGUGCGCCAGGCCCCGGGGUCCUCCCACUGAUCCUUCUUCUCGCUGCAACUUCUUCCUCUGGAGCAGGCCCAGCUGAACCAACCCAGGCCUAGGGAUGUCUGGCAUGGUCAACCCUGUACAUGAUCUGAGGCCAACACUCCUAAGCUGCCACCUCCUCCCUCAAGGCUUCUUUCCCUGCCUUCUCCUCUUCCAACCUCCUCAAGGACCCUUUUUCUUUUUUCCCUUCCUCCUCUAAGGUCUCUUCCUCUCUCCUUCCUGCCAAGCUCCUCUUCAUUGGUGAGCUUAUAGUUCUUUAAUGCUGUGACCCAGUCCCCCAGCCCACUUCCCACCUUUCCUGUAGGAAGUACAUAGGAACCAGUUGCUUCAAGAUUUUAAACCCUUUCCUUCCUUGGGAAAUGUAUCUGUGCCUAAAUAAAGUCUCUGUUUUAGUGCACCAU